AUGGCAGCUACCGUGGGACCCCUCCCGCAGGUGAAGCUGCCCUCGGGCCCGUCCCCGGUGACGGCCGAGCAGCGCUACUGGAAGUCCUUCAAGAACCAGCUGCAGAUCCCCUCACCGACGUCGUACCCCAUCACGCACAUCUCCUCGACCUCCUCCGACGGCCUCUUCGCCGUGACCACCGGCACCCGCGUGCAGCUCUACUCCUCGCGCACCCGCAAGCUCGAAAAGACAAUCACCCGCUUCGCCGACGUCGCGCGCUCCGGCUCCCUGCGCCGCGACGGCCGCGUCCUCGUCGCCGCCGAGGACACCGGCCGCAUGCAGGUCUUCGACACCUCCUCCCGCAGCAUCCUCAAGACGUGGAACACCCACAAGCAGCCCGUCUGGGCCACCCGCUUCAGCGACUCGGAGCUCACCACGCUGCUCUCCGCCUCGGACGACCGGACGGUGCGCCUGUGGGACCUCGUCGCCAACGACCCCACGCACACCCUCGUCGGCCACCAGGACUACGUCCGCUGCGCCGAGUUCAUGAACGGCACCAACACGAUCGUCUCGGGUUCUUACGACGCGACCGUCAAGAUCUGGGACCCCAGGAUAGGCGGGCGCAGCAACGCCGCCGUCAUGACCUUCAAGCACGCGGCGCCCGUCGAGGCCGUCCUCCCGCUCGCGGCGAACGGCACGACCCUGCUCGCGGCGUCCGGGCCAACCGUCUCGGUGCUCGACCUCGUCGCCGCGCGCCCCGUGCACCAGAUCGCGAACCACCAGAAGACGGUCACCUCGCUCGGCCUCGCGUCCGGCGGCUCGCGCCUCGUGACGGGCGGCCUCGACGGCCACGUCAAGGUGUUCGAGACGACGGGCUGGAACGUGGUGUCGAGCACCAAGUACCCGUCGCCGAUCCUCUCGCUGCGCGUGCUCGCGGCGUCGAACGCGGCGGAGCACGCGGACCGCCACCUCGUGGUGGGCAUGCAGUCGGGCGUGCUGUCGGUGCGCACGCGGCUGACGGGCCCGGAGGCGGCGCGGCAGAAGGAGCGCGAGCGCGAGAUGGCGGCGCUGCUGGCGGGCACGCUCGACGAGCACGACAAGAUCGUCAAGGGGAAGAAGCGCAAGCAGUCGGCGAUGCGGCGGCUCGAGGCGCUGGGGGAGGGCCAGGCGGAGGUCAUCGUGGCGCAGGACGCGAGGGUCAGCCGGAGCAAGGAGAACGCGUGGCAGAAGGCGCUGCGGCACGGGCGGUACGGCGCGGCGCUGGACGUGGCGCUGGACGCGCAGGGGAACAAGGAGUACUCGCCGCUGGGCGUGCUGACGCUGCUGAUGGCGCUGCGGCACCGGUCGGCGACGCGGGAGGCGCUGGAGGGCAGGAACGAGGCGACGGUCGCGCCGGUGCUGAAGUGGACGUGUGAUCAUAUUAUCGACCCGCGGUAUGUGGGUGUUUGUGUCGAGGUUGGGCUGUUGCUGGUGGAGCUGUAUGCUGAGUAUGCGGAGGCGAGCGCGGAGCUGUGGGAGGGGUUUAGGAUGUUGCAGAGGAGGGUGAGGCAUGAGGUUGAGAAGGCGCAGUUGGCGUGUCAGACGGUGGGGAUGGUGGAGAGUUUGAUGAUGGGGGCUGCUUGA